AUGGAGCCCACAGUUGAUGACCUUCAACUCGUGCCCGCUGUAACAAAGAAGCCCCCUGCCCUGGACGCCACAUGCUGUCGAGCUGCCAUCACCGUGGUGGUGGUGACAAGCUUCAGUGUUGUCUCCCUGGGAGUCCUUCUGGCCUUCCUUUCUGCACAGGGCGUGGAUGUGGAGCACACGGCCCAGCUGCGAGGGAUCCGCUACGCCAGCAGCUUGCAGCAGGAGAACUCAGACUAUUACCGGAUGCUGACGCCCACCCUGGAGACGCUGCUGCACUUCCUGCUACGAGCUCUCCGCACGCUGAGCCUUGCCUUGGAGGAGCAACUCCUGCAGCAGGGGCUGCGGGCCAGGCUUGGGGACCACGGCAUCCCCCUGGCCGCCUAUGGCACCAUCGUGUCUGCCGAGCUCACAGGAAGCCAGAAGGGGCCACUUACAGAAAGAGACUUAAAAUCAGGUCACUGUCCAGGGAAUGCCUUUUCCUGUGGGAACAGCCAGUGUGUCAGCAAGGGGAACCCAGAGUGUGACGACAGAGUGGACUGUGCUGACGGCUCCGAUGAGGCCCACUGCGACUGCGGUUUGCAACCUGCCUGGAGGACAGCUGGGAGGAUCGUGGGCGGUGUGGAAGCGUCCCCAGGGGAGUUCCCGUGGCAAGCCAGCCUCCGUGAAAACAACGAGCACUUCUGUGGGGCCACCAUCGUGAGCGCGAGAUGGCUGGUGUCUGCUGCCCACUGUUUCAACGACUUCCAGGACCCGACAGAGUGGGUGGCCUACGUGGGCACGACCUACCUCAGUGGCUCGGAGGCCAGUACUGUGCGGGCCCGGGUCUCAAAGAUCAUCAAGCACCCCUUUUACAACACCGACACCGCCGACUUCGACGUGGCCGUGCUCCAGCUGGCCAGCCCGCUGCCCUUCGGCAGGCACAUCCAGCCCGUGUGCCUCCCGGCUGCCUCGCACAUCUUUCCAGCCCAGAAGAAGUGCCUCAUCUCCGGCUGGGGCUACCUCAAGGAGGACUUCUUGGUCAAGCCGGAGGUGCUGCAGAAAGCCAGCGUGGAAUUGCUGGACCAAGGCCUGUGCACCAGUCUCUACGGCCACUCGCUCACGGACAGGAUGCUGUGCGCCGGCUACCUGGACGGCAAAGUGGAUUCCUGCCAGGGCGACUCGGGGGGGCCCCUGGUCUGCGAAGAGCCUUCCGGAAGGUUCUUCCUGGCGGGCAUCGUGAGCUGGGGAAUCGGUUGUGCGGAAGCCCGGCGGCCGGGUGUCUACGCCCGCGUGACUAGGCUUCGUGACUGGAUCCUGGAGGUGAUCGCCAUGGCCAGCAUGCCCCUGGCCCCCACCGUGGCACCUGCCCCUGCCACCCCCAGCAGUGUUUGGCCCACCAGCCCUAAGAGCCCCGUGGUCAACACCCCCACCAGACCCACGCUGACCCCCAGCACGGUGCGCCUGGACUCAGCCACCGCCUCCAAGCCACAAGAAUGCGGGACCAGGCCCGCGCUGGAGAAGCCGAUCCGGAUCGUGGGCGGAUUCGGAGCCGCCUCCGGGGAGGUGCCUUGGCAGGUCAGCCUGAAGGAAGGUUCCCGGCACUUCUGCGGAGCCACCGUGGUGGGCGACCGUUGGCUGCUGUCCGCGGCCCACUGCUUCAACCACACGAAGGUGGAGCAGGUGCGGGCCCACCUGGGCACGGCGUCCCUCAUGGGCGUGGGCGGGAGCCCGGUCAAGGUGGGCCUCAAGCGGGUGGUGCUGCACCCCCUGUACCACGCCGGCACCCUGGACUUUGACGUGGCCGUGCUGGAGCUGGCCAGCCCCCUCCUCUUCAACAAGUACGUCCAGCCCGUCUGCCUGCCCCUGGCCAUCCAGAAGUUCCCCGUGGGUCGCAAGUGCAUGAUCUCCGGAUGGGGCAACACCCGGGAAGGAAACGUGACCAAGCCUGACAUUCUCCAGAAAGCCUCGGUGGGGAUCAUAGACCAGAAGACCUGCAGCAUUCUCUACAACUUCUCCCUCACCGACCGGAUGAUCUGUGCCGGCUUUCUGGAAGGCAGAGUCGAUUCCUGCCAGGGCGACUCCGGGGGCCCCCUGGCCUGUGAGGAGACCCCCGGCGUGUUCUACCUGGCAGGGAUUGUGAGCUGGGGACUUGGCUGUGCCCAGGUCAAGAAGCCGGGUGUGUAUGCGCGAAUCACCAGGCUGAAGGGCUGGAUCCUGGAGACCAUGUCCUCCGACCCCCUCCCCACAGCUCCCCCCUCGACCGCAAGGACACCCACCACCCCAAUCCACGCCCUGAGGUCAACUGCUGGCCUCACAGUCCCGGGAGCCACGACCAGCAACACCACGCCCCAGCCCACCAGCAGGGCCACCAGCCAGCCUGCCAGCACCACCGUCACCGUCACGAGCACCACCACCAGGAGGCAGACGCCACUUCCAAACACCCCAGAGCCCAGCACACACUCCCAGCUCUCAGACUGUGGCCUGGCGCCCGCGGCGGCGCUCACCAGGAUCGUGGGCGGCAGCGCGGCGGGCCACGGGGAGUGGCCAUGGCAGGUGAGCCUGUGGCUGCGGCGCCGGGAGCACCGCUGCGGCGCUGUGCUGGUGGCCGAGAGGUGGCUGCUGUCAGCGGCGCACUGCUUCGACGUCUACGGGGACCCCAAGCAGUGGGCGGCUUUCCUGGGCACGCCGUUUCUGAGCGGCGCCGAUGGGCAGCUGGAGCGCGUGGCGCGCAUCUACAAGCACCCCUUCUACAACCUCUACACGCUCGACUACGACGUGGCGCUGCUGGAGCUCGCGGGGCCCGUGCGCCGCAGCCGCCUGGUGCGACCCAUCUGCCUGCCCGAGCCCGCACUGCGGCCCCCAGCUGGCGCGCGCUGCGUCAUAACCGGCUGGGGCUCGGUGCGCGAGGGAGGCGCUAUGGCGCGGCAGCUGCAGAAGGCAGCCGUGCGACUCCUGAACGAGCAGACGUGCCGCCGCUUCUACCCGGUGCAGAUCAGCAGCCGCAUGCUGUGCGCCGGCUCCCCGCAGGGCGGCGUGGACAGCUGCUCGGGUGAUGCUGGGGGACCCCUGGCUUGCAGGGAGCCCUCAGGCCGGUGGGUGCUAACAGGGGUCACCAGCUGGGGCUACGGCUGCGGGCGUCCCCACUUCCCCGGUGUCUACACUCGGGUGGCAGCUGUGAGAGGCUGGAUCGGACAGAACAUCCAGGACUGA